AUGGACUCUACCAUGCUCGCCGCAUCGAACAGUCAGAAUCGUGUACUCCAGUUAGUUGCGAUGGUGAACGUGACAUCGUCCACAGUAUUAGAUGCGACACUGCGGUUGCAUAACGUCUCAACUAACGACAGCAUACCCGGUAGACCGUGGCCAGGGUGGAUACGAACAUCGGUUAUUCCGCUGUUCUUCGGUAUUGUGUGCUUCCUAGGUAUAUUAGGCAACGGAACAGUAAUUGCAGUUUUGCUACGUUUCAAUAACAUGAGAACGGUGCCAAACAUAUAUAUUCUAAAUCUGGCUUUCGCUGAUCUUUUGUUCAUGUUCAGUAUACCCUUCUUGGCGUUCCAGUACGCGACUUCGAACUGGGUGUUUGGACAGGCGUUGUGUAAAAUUGUUUUCGCCGUGGAUGGAAUGAAUAUGUUCACAGGAAUAUUCAUUUUGACUGCUAUGAGUAUUGAUAGAUAUUUUGCAAUAGUACAUGGAAUAACUUCGAUUAAAUAUCGAACAGUACGUAAUGCUCGCAUGAUAAAUUGUUGCAUGUGGCUGUUGUCAAUCUUGGUCACGCUCCCGCUCUGGAUAUACUCCUCGACAGUCUCCACAAACCCCCAACAAGUAAAAUGCGAUAUCGUCUGGCCCAAAGAAGUGUUCAGUAUGUAUUUUACUAUUUAUGCGUUUGUGCUUGGAUUUGCAUUACCGGUUACAAUCAUUUCGGGGUGCUAUCUGUCGUUGGUGAUCUAUAUUGUGCGAUCGAAAGGACCCCGAUCAGAAAAUCCCAGAAAGUCGACGGGGUCUCGCAAAGUGGCUUUAUUGGUGCUUUCCGUCGUAGCUAUGUUUGUCAUAUGUUGGCUUCCGUUCUAUGUCAUACAGUUUGUUUUGUUGUCAAACCAGGACGUAACGCUAGCAAUUUACAUCAGCUACUACAGCAGCUUAUGUCUGAGUUACGCUAAUAGUUGCCUUAAUCCAAUUGUGUACACAUUCGCCGGGGAAAACUUUAGAAAGAACUUGAGUAAGAUUUGUCACCGUCGGCGGCGAAAGCGAAGAAAAAUUCAACGGGGACGGCGAGUGGUGAAAAAGGGUAUUUUUAAAAAAGCUUCAAGAAUGAGCUGGACAUUGGCUAACUUCUCCUCGAAUGACAAUGCUAAUUACGGAAAUACUCUAGGUACGGCUAUAGAACUUGAUACUACUACAACAACUACUGAGUCUUGUCAACUGACCACAUACUCUGAUAUCAUUUCUGAUGAACCAAUGUAA